AUUGGUUGUGAUUUAGUCCAAAUCGUCGGCUACCUAAAAUAGGGUUCAACUCAAUUGGCUUAGACUAGCUAAUAAAGUGGAGAAGACUUGGGAGUUAACCGAAGAACCAAAAUGCAAGUGUUAUUUUUCCACUCAUCAUAACUCAAUAUUCGUCUUUAGGUGAAAUGUUGUUUUCGUAAAUUGUCGUUUAGAGGACUGAUAAGCUCGUGUGUGGACUCUGGCCUCUCAAAUAAGCCCUUGGUUGACCUACUGUUUGAGGACUUAGUCCUGGCAUAGUGAUUUGAAUUUUUGAUGCAUUAGGGACUGGAAAUUGCAUAUAUUCAUUUACUUGAUAUUUGCCUUUCUUGAAGGAAAUUGGAUAGUCCAGGCAUGUAAGGCUAAUGAUAAGGACUACUUAGUGAAUCAAACCUCAAGCAGGGUGAAUUUGAAUUAACUAACAAGGGAGUGACUCACUGAGAUGCAAACUGUAAAUGACCAUAUUUCUAAAUUCUAGAACUAAAGUCAUUGUCAUCCUUAAUGGCCUGUUCUUUUCAGUUGCAAAAAGUGUCAACUUAGUGUGACAUGGAUUUUGAUAUUCAUCAUGGGUUUGUGAGACUACAAGGUUACCCACAUUCAAGGUUUUAAGGAACGUCCGUGACCGCAAUAUUGAUGUUUUGGAGCAUUCAUAACUGCUAUUGCAGCAACAAUUAUCCAUAAUUUUUUAUAGUGUCAAGGACUGCGACAAAAUUGUUAUGGCAACUUAAAACCUCAGACACUUACCAUUGACAGGAGAUGAGGACCAGCAAAAAAAGAUACUCUUAUAUACGUGUCUAUAACAGGUCAAUGCCUGUACACAAUAUAUUGACACUAACUUCUAAGGAGGAAACGUUAUUGUCACGCAAGAUAUUGUGGAAAUUUUGAGCAGUUGUUAUAGGCAGGUUUCACGUUCUCAGUAAAAACAAAUGGCUACACCUUGAGAGUUGUCACACAUGCACCCAAAGUCCAAAACACUGUAACCGUGAGCUCCAUGGUGUAACUCUCAUUCUCCUCUUCAUUUCUCAGGCAGAAAAAAGCACAGUGCUUCAGGACUGUCAAGCGAUGAAAAAUCUUCUUCUCAUGUUCAUCCUUACUAAGAUUCUGUUGUUCUUUGGCCACAAGUCCAUGGCAGAUGACUCCAUAUCCCGAUUUCAAUCACUUUCUGAAGGCAAGACCUUGGUUUCUGAAGAGGGUACUUUUGAAUUGGGUUUCUUCAGUCCAGGAAGUGGUGCAGAACGUUACUUGGGAAUAUGGUACAAGUCAAUACCAGUGAAGACAGUUGUGUGGGUUGCCAACAGAGCCAACCCAGUAAAAGGCAACUCUAGCAUGUUGCAUAUAAACAGUGAGGGGAAUCUUGAGCUUGUUAACCUUAAUGGGGUUGUGGCUUGGUCAGCAAACUCUAGAAAGAAGGUUUUGAAUCCCAUUGUUCAGCUCUUAAAUUCUGGAAAUUUGGUAGUGAGAGAUGAGGGGGACCAAGAUGCUGAAAACUACUUGUGGCAAAGCUUUGAUUACCCCUCUGAUACACUAUUACCAGGAAUGAAGCUGGGUUGGGACUUGAGAACUGGCCUUGAGUGGCGUGUAUCAGCUUGGAAAAACUGGGACGAUCCAUCACCUGGUGAUUUCACUUGGGGCGUCUCUCUUGAAGGUUUUCCUCAAUUGAUGAUGUGGGAGGGGUCAAAGGAGUUUUACCGCGGUGGUUAUUGGAAUGGUCUUGGAUUCAGUGGCGCCCCAGAGUUGAAGCCAAAUCCAGUUUUUGAGUUCAAGUUUGUUUCCAACAAGGAUGAGGUGUACUACACAUACAGUCUCAGGAAUAAGUCAAUUAUUUCCAGGAUUGUUAUGAACGAAACCAUUUCUACUCGCCAAAGGUACAUAUGGAUUGAAGAGGCUCAAGCCUGGAGACUUUAUGCUUCUGUACCUAGAGAUAUCUGUGAUUCCUACAAUCUUUGUGGAUCAAAUGGGAAUUGCAUUAUUGGUGAUUCUCCAGUGUGCCAGUGUUUAAGUGGGUUUAAACCAAGAUCACCGGGGAACUGGAACAUGAUGGACUGGACUCAAGGAUGUUUUCUAACUGAAGAAUGGAGCUGUAAGGAAAAGAGGAAUGAUAGGUUUGUCAAAUUUAGUGGGCUGAAAGAUCCAGAUAUUUCACAUUCUAGGGUCAAUGAGAGUAUGAGUCUCAAUGAAUGCAGGGAUAGAUGCUUGGAGAAUUGCUCCUGUAAAGCUUAUGCAAAUUCAGAUGUUAGAGGAGGAGGGAGUGGUUGUUUGAUGUGGUUUGGUGAUCUAAUGGAUAUCAGAGAGGUUUCUGGUGGUGGUCGGGAUCUAUAUAUUAGAACUAAAAUUUCAGAAUCAGCUGUGAAAGUAAAACAUAGCAUGAAGGCAGUAGCAAUAAUCAUCAUCGUUGCCUCAGUUCUUACAAUCAUUCUGGCUUUGUACGUUGUUGGCAAGAGAAUCAAAAAGUUGAGAGCUUAUGAAACAGAGAACAAGUUGACGGUAGAGAGAAAUGAAGAAGACAAGAAAGAAGACCUUGAGCUUCCUUUCUUUCACCGUGAUGAAAUUAUCAAAGCAACUGAUGGCUUCUCAAUUAACAAUAAGCUUGGAGAAGGUGGAUUUGGGGCUGUAUACAUGGGUACCCUAGCAGAUGGACAAGAAAUUGCUGUUAAGAGGCUCUCACAAAGUUCUGGACAAGGGUUUAAUGAGUUUAAGAAUGAAGUCAUAUUGAUUGCCAAACUUCAGCAUCGAAAUCUAGUUAAGCUUGUUGGAUGUUGCAUUGAAGGAGAGGAGAAGAUGCUUAUCUAUGAAUACAUGCCCAACAAAAGCCUAGACUCCAUUAUCUUUGAUCAUGCAAAAGGAAAAAUUUUAGAUUGGUCUAAGCGCUUCAACAUUAUUGGUGGAAUUGCACGAGGACUUCUAUAUCUUCAUCAAGAUUCUAGGUUGAGAAUAAUACAUAGAGACCUUAAAGCCAGUAAUGUUCUACUUGACCACGAGUUCAACCCAAAAAUAUCAGAUUUUGGCAUGGCCAAAACUUUUGGAGGAGAUGAGAUUGAAGGAAACACAAGAAGGGUAGUUGGAACAUAUGGUUACAUGGCACCUGAAUAUGCCAUUUAUGGACUAUUCUCAGUAAAAUCUGAUGUCUUCAGCUUCGGUGUAUUAAUGCUGGAGAUAAUAAGUGGAAAGAAAAACAGAGGAUUUUCCCAUUCAAAUAACAGUAUAAACCUUAUUGAUCAUGCAUGGAGAUUUUGGAAAGAAAACAGACCUUUGGACUUGAUUGAUUCAUGCAUGGAGAAUUCAUCUGUUCUAUCAGAAGCAUUGCGUUGUAUCCAUAUCGGUCUUCUGUGUGUCCAACAGCAUCCUGAGGAUAGGCCAAGUAUGUCAACUGUGGUAGUGAUGUUGAGCAGUGAGAGUGCCUUGCCUCAACCUAAGGAACCUGCUUUUCUUAUGGAGAAGGGGAAGUUCUUUCUUGAAGCAGAUUCCUCUACCAAGCACCAGUUUUCUUCCACCAAUGAUAUAAGUGUUACCUUGUUAGAGCCUCGGUAAUAUAUUACAAAGAUAGGAUCGGGUAUCCAUAUGAAGAAGUGGCCGGUUCGCUCUUUUAUAAAGAGUGAUGGAACAAAGAGUGUGUGUUUUCUCAACUAAGGUUAUCAAGCACGAAUAUCUCUCUAUUUUACCGGCUUCAUACUUUCAAAAAGCCACCUUCGGGUCCUUUUGUAGACAAGGAGGAAAUGGUCGAUAGAAGUGGGACUCAUGGCUUAUUAUCUCUUUUCCUAAAAGUAGACUUUGAAAAAUACUAGUUGUACAUGACUUGCAUCUUAGAGCAUCAGUAGUAGGGAUUGCUUAUAAGCAACUCUCAGUGUCACAUCAUGUCACAUCAACUCUUUUUUACUUUAUGGGUUGCUUAAAUUUUAGCAAAGUUGCUUCCAAUGCUAAAAUUUAAGCAGCCCAUAAAGUGGAAAAGAGCUGAUGUGGCAUGAUGUGGCAGAGGGGGUUGCUUAUAAGCAACCCCCAUUGGAGAUGCUCUUAUAGGAAUUUGUUUUGAACUUGUCAUUCUCGUGUACUAAUCUGAUGAGCUUCUGAAUGUGUGUCAAGAUGUAUUUUGAUGUUGUUGAAGAACAACAUAUUAUGAUAUAAGUUCCUUGUGAAAGCUUCAUGGUAUACAUCGAGAAAGAUGCCAAAUAAUAAUAAUUAAGCGAAAAAAGAAAUGGAUAUAUUUUUUUUUUGUAUAAAUAUCAAUAGGCUUUGAAAGCAACAAAAUAAUUUAAAUAGAAUUCAUAAAA